GAUAACGUAACAGCUGAUUGUCAUUUCGCUGAACUUAUUGGAAGCAAACGAAAUUUGUUUGUUAUUUAACAAAAUUUAAAAGCAGAUAAAAAUUAUAAAAAUCAUAAAAUGUCGGGAAAAUUGAUAUUACGACAACUAUUGCGUCAAGGCAUAGUAGCCCAGCGUAUGCCAAUGUUUAAACGCUUCGAAAGCGCGACAACAGCUAGCGGCGCGACAAAUUUCAACAAAGAUACACUAAAGCAGCUUGUUAAUACGAAUAAAGUUGUUAUCUUCAUGAAAGGUAACCCGGAAGCACCAAAAUGUGGUUUCAGCAAUGCGGUGGUGCAAAUACUCCGUAUGCAUGGUGUACAAUACGAUGCACAUGAUGUGCUACAAAGUGAUGAGCUACGUCAAAGCAUCAAGGAGUUUUCAGAUUGGCCCACUAUACCACAAGUAUAUAUCAAUGGCGAAUUUGUGGGCGGCUGUGAUAUAUUGCUGCAAAUGCACCAAAGCGGUGAUUUGAUAGAAGAAUUAAAGAAAGUUGGCAUAGAAUCGAUUUUACUGAAAGAAGCCGAUAAUAAAGACAACACCAAAGCUGAUUAAGGUUGUGUGUGAACUUUAAUAUAUUUUUUUUAUUAAGAAAACUUGUUGGAAUUUUAUGUUACAUUAGUAAGUUUGCAAAUUAAAGCGAUUUCACUAUAACUUAAAAAAUUUUAAUAAAAUAAGACGGCUUAUUGCA